AUGUUUAAAAGUGUUAUCCAGCGGGCUGGUCCUAUUUCUAUUCGCCGUAUGGCAACUGCUGCUGUCGAGAAGCAAGCACUGGUGAAAACCUUCCAGAUUUAUCGUUGGAAUCCGGACACACCUGAGGUCAAGCCCACCCUCCAAGAGUACAAGGUCGACAUUAACCAGUGUGGUCCGAUGAUUCUCGACGCCAUUCUCAAGAUCAAGAACGAGCAGGACGCGACACUUACUUUCCGCCGCUCCUGCCGCGAGGGUAUUUGCGGUUCUUGUGCCAUGAACAUUAACGGCACCAACACCCUUGCCUGCUUGUGCCGUAUCGAUCGCGACGUGAGCAAGGAUACCAAGAUCUACCCCCUCCCCCACAUGUACAUCGUUCGCGAUCUUGUUCCCGACCUCACUCUUUUCUACAAGCAGUACAAGUCUAUUGAGCCCUGGCUCCAGCGCAAGGACGUCCCUGCCGACGGCCGCGAGAACCUGCAGACUAUUGAGGACCGUCACAAGCUCGAUGGUCUCUACGAGUGCAUUCUCUGUGCCUGCUGCUCCACCUCUUGCCCAUCUUACUGGUGGAAUCAGCAAGAGUACCUCGGUCCCGCCGUUCUUAUGCAGGCCUUCCGCUGGAUGAUUGACUCUCGUGAUGAAGCCGGUGACAAGCGUCGCUCGUUCCUCGAGAACGGUAUGUCCCUGUACCGCUGCCACACCAUCAUGAACUGUUCACGUACCUGCCCCAAGGGUCUUAACCCUGGCCAGGCUAUUGCCAACAUCAAGAAGAGCAUGGCUUUCUAA